CUCCGUGCGUGUUACGAGUUUUGGCAAAUGAUUGAAAUUGAUAACUUGUGCGAGUAAAUCUACAAAACCAUGGCCGUACAAAUCGAGGAAUUGCUGAACUGUGCUGUGUGUCUUGAGAGAUACAACAGACCAAAGAUACUGCCAUGUCAGCACACAUUUUGCCAAAGUCCAUGCUUAGAAAACCUUAUUGACAUCCGUGUACGAAAACUUAAAUGUCCAGAAUGCCGCAUGGAACACAGAGUUCCUGGCAACGGUGUUCGAGGCUUUCCAAACAAUGUGACAAUAAGUAGAUUUCUAGACAUCCCCGCUGAGGCUCUAAGUAGUACUAUAAACGGUGGACGAAACAUGCAAGGUGGUGGGAAUUUUCACCAGUGUGGCACAUGUCAAAUAGGGCUCCAAGAUGGUACCACGUCGCAGUGUACACACUGCAAAAGAAACUUUUGUGAAAAUUGUAAACCUGGUCAUGCAAAUGAAGUCAAGUUGGACAUUGGACGGUUUAUAAACCAGCUGAGGAGGAAUACGCCUAAACUUUCAGAUGGAUUAACCAUGGUUGAACAGAGGAGGAGCAGGCUGGGCCAGCACUGUGAGACUGUCAAAGCUGAAAUUCAAGGUCAAGUUGAGAGAAUUGUGAAGGAGCUGAGAAACAGGGAGCAAAUGCUUCUCAGUGAAGUUGAAAUGUUUUUAUUAUCCGAGUCUAGAUCAUUGAAUAUUCAGAAGGAAAGUUUAGAAGUUGAUUUAGUUAGUAUCAGUAGUCAUUGUGAUGCCACUGAGAGACAUUUGAACAAUGCGCCAGAAGACAUCGGCCUCCAUGAGUUAAGCACUCUGUUUUUGCAGAGCAUGGAUUACAUACAAAAGUUAAGAAAUUUAGAAGUGAAUCCCGCCGUUAACCAAGACAAGAAAGUUAAAUUUUCAGAGACAAAUAGGCAUGAACUUUUCUCAAGCGUGAUGUCUUAUGGUGAAGUCAGUGUAUCUGACCAGAGCAACCAAUCAAAUUCUAGGCCAAACUCGAGGGGAUUGGGUUUGUCAAGACAUACACCACCCCUUCCAUCGAGCAGUGACUAUAUCAGCUUACAAAUCAAUCAUGCGAAUAAUGCAAUGUAUGGAAACCAUCGGGGGAUUGACCUGGAAUCAUCUCAUACAUCCCCUCUCGGCCGCCGAUCGUCGGCGAAUGAUGUUCGAAAUCCCAGCUUGAUGUUCAGGGAUAUGGAAGAUCUUGGUGGAAGUAUCAAUAUACCACAAGUUAGUAGGAGUGCAGGAGGAAUUGGUAGGGGUAGAAAUAGGAGACGACAGUGGGACAGGCCAAUCAUGGGCACUGGAGCAUCAAACGAUUUAGUAAGGAUCUCUGAAGCCAAUGACAAUCAACUGGAUUUCCGAAAUCCAGCUGGUAAUUCGACAAUUGGUGAAAGAACAAGAAACAGAACAAGGGACUUCCAUGGAGAAGGACACAUUUCACUCAUUCCAGCUGCAAAUCACGGUGUUCGAAGCAAUAGCGGGAGACUAGAAGAUUCCCCAGUUGGAUCAACUGAAGGGCAUAUUUCACUUAUUCCUACAUCAACCAGUAAUUCCAGAAGUCCUGUUGUGAAUGGAACAGGUAAUGAUCAUUCUACUGAACGUCCUAGAACAAGAACAAUGAUGCAAGAACAUGCCCUGACUGUUAGUACUGAAUUCAGAAAUCCUGCUGGUAAUUUAACAAUUGGUCCCAGACCAAGGCCGCGUAGAUUUGAUAUACGGUUGGAUGAUAAUAGUGAUGAAUUCAUUAUAGUUGAGGACAAUGAUAGUGCUGCUGUUACCACAGGUCGGAGAGAAAAUACAAAUGAACCCCGACCCUUUGUCAAUUACAAUCAAAAAGGACGAUCUCGUUUACGAUUUGGCAAAAAAGGCACGACUGAUGCUUGUUUCUCAUGGCCAAGGGGAGUUGCUACACUUCCCGAUAAUCAGAUUGUAGUCGCUGAUAGUAGCAACCAUCGAGUGCAGGUGUUUGAUGAAUUUGGCCAAUUUUUAUGCUGUUUUGGUACUCAUGGGACAGGGGAUGGGCAGUUUGACUGCCUGGCUGGUGUAUGUACAAACUCAAGAGUUCAAAUCAUAAUAGCUGAUAGAUACAAUCACCGUAUUCAGGUUAUAGAACCUAGUGGUAGGUUUGUGUGUAAGUUUGGUCAGGAAGGUAGCGAAGAUGGAAAGUUGAAUUAUCCAUGGGGAGUAGCCUGUGAUAGGGCCGAUAAUAUUUAUGUAUGUGAUAGAGAUAAUCAUAGAAUCCAGGUGUUCACGGUUAGUGGUACAUUUAUCAGAAAGUUUGGUCGAUUAGGUCACUCCGCAGGCCAGUUGGAAAGCCCACAUUAUGUGGCAAUCCAUGAUGAUAAAGUUUUUGUCAGUGAUAGUGGAAACCACUGUGUCCAGGUCUUCAAUCUUGAUGGCCAGUUCCAGUGGAAAUUUGGUCAAGAGGGCAGUAAUUACGGCCAGUUCAAGUAUCCCCGAGGAAUAGUAACAGAUCCACAUGGGUAUGUCCUCGUCGGUGAUAGCGGAAACAACAGAAUCCAGGUGUUUCGUCCAUCUGGUACCUACAUGGCAUGUUUCGGUACUUUUGGUGCUGGGAAUGGCCAGCUAAAGGGCGUUGAAGGUGUUGCAAUGAUGUCUAAUGGAAAUAUUGUUGUGAGUGAUAGAGAGAACCACAGAAUCCAUGUUUUUUAG